AAACAACCCAAAACAAGCUAAAAAAACACAUAAAACAGAGACAAAUACAUGUAAACUUGGCACCACUGUAGUCUGGCAGCGGCCGAGCCCAGUGUAGGUGGCGGCAACACUGCACAGGCUGACCUACCUGCCCUGACCUGACCCCGUGACCUCACCUGCGAAAUAUAACCACGACCACCACCACCACCACCAGCAGCAGGAGGACCCACAAUGCCCAGCGCUCACCUGUCACUGCGGGAGGAGGACGUGGUGCGGCUAACCCUCGAAUUCCUGCAGAAUCGACGUCUUCAUAUCUCGCAGCUGAAUGUGGAGAGAGAGACGGGAAUUAUUAACGGGAAUUUGUCAGACGAUGCUCUAUUUCUGCGGCAACUGAUUCUUGACGGACAGUGGGACGACGUUCUGGAGUUUGUUCAGCCCCUUGAGGCUAUCGACGCAUUUGACUCUAGAAAAUUUCACUUCACGGUGUUGAAGUAUAAAUAUUACGAGCUUUUGUGCAUCAAGGUGGAAGCUCCAGCCACACCCAGCAGGGACGGAGCUGUGGAUGAACUAGUCAAGGUACUUAAUGAGCUGGAGAAGUUUGCCCCAAGUCGAGAUGCUUACUCCCAGCUGUGCCUAUGUCUCACCUUGCCUCGUCUCAAUGAACACGCUGAUCUGAGGGACUGGAACCCAUCAAGUGCCAGGGUGCAGUGUUGGAACCAGGUCUUCCCUUUGGUGGAGCGUUUUCUGCCAGCGGAGCGUCGAGGGAACAGUUCAGGGCUGGCUGGUGCUGGCGAGGGUGUCGGGGUUGCAAACGACCGAUUAGUACAGCUGCUCAUUAAGGGGCUGCUGUACGAGUCUUGCGUCGAUUAUUGUCAGGGGCAGGCCACAGGGGGAGGCUCGGGUGAUGGCGGGGCUGGCGGUGGCGGGGGGUUACGAUUUCCUUCACUCUUGGCAGCCACAGCAUUCAGCGAUUCAGACCUGUCGCUGUUGUCGUGGCUUCACAGCAUCCCAGGGGAGACGUUUUCCUGCCCCUUUGAACAGCAGACCCUAAAUGUCGACUUGGCACGUUUGGAUAAGCCAGCUCUGGAGGCGUCCUGGACCGAACACCUUUUAGUCACUCCCUUUAAACCAAGAAUAUUUCCUCAUUCCGCUGUUCCGUCAAGCCGUCCCAGAGCUGCGGAUAUCAUGUCGCGAUCGUUGAACCCUGCGCUCGAUGGUCUGCCGUUUGGUCUAGGGGGCGCUGGGAGGGGUGGGGCUGGCCUGGCGGGGUCUGCGGGGGACUUAAAUGCGAUGUCUAAGAGUAUGGCAUCCUUUCAUUUGACAGGGAGAAGAGGGAUGAACGCGUCUGUCGAUCGUUUAUUUGAGGCGGAUUCGGUGUUUACCAGCGUGACACAGCCUUCUGCAGGGCCCCAAGGAGAUCUUCCCCCUAUCACAGAGCGGCCCAGACCCCCAGCCCCGCCUAGACCCCGCCCCCGGUCACGUAGCCCCGAUAAGCGUCACUCCACAGACUCUUUAAACCGACCACCUGACCGAGCUGAAAAGGAAGUCCGCGAGGAAAAACCAGCGUCACCACCCCUCACACCCCCCCUGCUCUGCCCCCUAAGACCUCACCACCCCCUCAGGCCCCCCAUGGAAAGCCCCAGCCCCCUCAGACCCCAGGGGAGCCAACUCAUGCCACAGGACAGUACAACAACAACAACAACAGUGAAAGGGAAGCUGCCGGCGAACUGUUCUCAAUAUACCAAAGGCGACAACAGCAAGGUUCUGAGCCCCCACACCCCCACCAUGGCAUGCUCCACCACCCCCCACAGCCACUGCACCCCCACUACGACCACCAGGUGAACAAUAACCACGGCGGACCACAGGGGGGCCAUACGCAGCCCAGUACUACAGCCGGGAUACACCACCACCACCACCACCAACCUCUUCAUAUGCAUCACAACAAUAUUCCAAAUAUUAACUACAAUA